GCGUCCGGGCGAGUGCGUGCGGCCCGAGUGCGCGUGCGCGGGCUCCCGGGCGGGGACGUGGCUAUAAGCUGGCGGCGUGUGAGGCCUCUCGGUGUCGUUUGCCGAGGGCUGCGCUUUUGUCCUCCGAGAAUCUUUUCGGUGGCGAUUUAGCUUUGUUCCGGGGCUGCCUUUCUCGACUCCUGCACGACCCGCUGUUACCGCGAGCGGACCGCUCUUGGAGCAUCCAGAGGCCUUCCAGAAGCAGAAGACAGCUUUACUGCUCUCCGGAGGAGUGGGCUCCUUUCAGCCAUGAAGCCUGUGUUGAACCUCUAUCUCUUAGGUGUGGUGCUGACCCUGCUCUCCAUUUUCGUUAGACUGAUGGAGUCCCUGGGAGGCUUACUGGAGAGCCCGUUGCCUGCGAGCUCCUGGACCACCAGAAGUCAGCCAGCCAGCACAGAGCCCAAGGGCCUUCCGGACCAUCCAUCCAGAGGGGUGCGAUAAGACCUCGCUCCACCGGCUAUGACCUUGGAGAACAGCAGGCCGGUUCCAGACAGGAACUGCGCAGGCGGGCUCAGAACAUCAGUGUUCUCAGAACUGGUACCAGGCCCUUGAAGGGCCUCUCCCAUCUGGAUGCUCCUUGUCCUGGAAAAAGCCUGCGUGAUGCGAAUGAGUUGUCUUACUGCGAGGGAAUGAUGUCACUCUUCCCAGAGUCUGCUGUACCCUCUGGUGUCCUUGACAGCAUUUCUCUGACAUCUCUUAGAUAGGGGCUUGUGCUUCAUGUUCCGCUGCCUGGAGGUGGUGUCGUUUUCAUCCUUGCUUUCAUCUGCCAAGAGUUCCUUCGGACUUGGUGUCUUAUGGUCAGUCUGUUUGGUGUUCAGCCUCUUUUCCGUGAGAACUUGUCUGUGUGUGGACAUCAGUUGAAGUGGUGUAUGGGUUGGUGUGUGGGCGGGGGAUGAUGAAAUAGUGUCCUGUUCUCAUUGUUUCACAUGUUAAAUAUCCUUUCUCCAACACAGCACGAAUUUGUGAAUUCUGAAGGGACAGUGGGAUGACAAAGCCUGCUCAGGAUAUGGCAUGGCCACCAUGUGGCUUAAGUGGAUUUUUCUAAUGAAAUAAAAGUUGAAUAUAUA